GCCACUGGGUACAGGCCGCAGGUCAUCAUUUUCCACCGGCAUCUCCCGGUCACAGUGAACUUUUUCUUCAGUGAAGCUUACAGUACAUUCCAUGCCCCCAUUUCCAGCAACAAUUUCGGUUCCCUCUCCCACAUUUUCUCCUCGUUUCUCUCUCCGCUCCUUCCAACCAUUUCGCUCGAUUCCAGCUCACUAGCACUCUAUAUAGAGAGCGUCAAGCCCCAGUUUUCGAUCCGAUAGUCUUCUUCUCUUCUAGCAUUUAGCUCUUUCUGUCUUGCAGGGAAGAGAUCAACUGAUCAUGGUGUUUACUUGUGUUUGUUUUCCUAAUGCCUCACGGUUCACCGAACAUUCCGCGAUGAAGAUCUUGGGAAUUGUGUUGCUUCUGGGUUUCGGUACUUCUGUACUGAAUCUAUAGCCUUUCUGUCGAAAUUGUUUGUCACGAACCCUAAAGUUGACAUCUUUGGGGACUUUAUUGUGUUAAUCUGUGCUUUCUAUGGAGGAGUUGAUCAGGAGGAGGAAUGGAGGUGUUUCUUUUACCUCCAUGUCUGGGGCUCCAAAGCUCCGUUCUAUGAAUGUGACGGAAUCAGACUCCCGGCCGAUUCUAGGGCCAGCUGGAAAUAAAACGAGGUUAACGACAAUGUACCGGAAGCAGGCUUCGAACCUGCCGAGGGGGACGGAGAAAACUCAGUCGGAGUUAAAGGAGGAGAAGAAAGACUUAGCAAUGGAAAGGGAGACUCAGCCAUCAUCGCUGCCAACGAGUCCUGUCGCGGUUCUGAGGAGGCAGAAACUGCUGUUGCAAGCUAAUUUAUCGAUGGAUGCUUCUUGCUCUUCGGACGCAUCUACUGAUUCCUUCUGCAGUCGUGCGUCGACGGGAUUAUUUGGCCGGAGGAGUUUUACCUCUAAGGGAAGACAGGGUGUUCCGAAACCUGAGAAGAUUGUGGGUGAUGGUGCUGUGAUAGAAGCUACGGAGAUCAUGCAGAUGAAGAAGAGGUGUGCUUGGGUAACACCUAACACUGAUUCAUCUUAUGUGAUCUUUCAUGAUGAAGAGUGGGGUGUUCCUGUCCAUGAUGAUAAGAAACUAUUUGAAUUGCUUGUACUGUCAGGUGCUUUAGCCGAACUUACUUGGCCAGAAAUCCUUAACAGAAGGCAAAUAUUCAGGGAAGUCUUCAUGAACUUUGAUCCUGUGCUGAUUUCAAAAAUGAAUAAGAAGAAGCUAAUCUCCCCAGGAAGCAUCGCGAGCUCCCUUCUUUCAGAGGCAAAACUUCGAGCUGUUGUCGAAAACGGACAACUAAUCGUCAAGAUUAUAGAGGAGUUUGGAUCAUUCAAUGAGUACUGUUGGAGCUUUGUGAGCCACAGACCAAUAGUGAGCCGAUUCCGUUACCCUCGUCAGAUCCCCGUGAAGACCCCCAAGGCAGAUUCAAUCAGCAAGGACCUUGUGAGGAGGGGUUUUCGUGGAGUGGGGCCCACAGUCAUAUAUUCGUUCAUGCAGACGGCAGGGUUGACCAAUGAUCACGUCGUCGGCUGCUUCAGGUUCGACGAAUGCGGCGAAGCUGCCAACCUAAAACCUCGAGGUUGCAGUGAGAGCUCGAGUUGCGGAGAAGAACGGAAAGAAGAUAUUGUUUUAGACAUCAUAGCAAUGAAUUUAGAGAGCAAAUAGGUAGAAUGCGAGAGCUGUUGUUGUUUCUGGAAUACUAACCCUUUCUCGACAUUAAAAAAAAUGUGGUCCUGUUAUGCAUGAAGUGAUGGUGAAUCCUCUGAAAUGUUAAAUUUUUUUUUUAGAUUUUAAACCAGGCCAACACAAUUUUGUUAUUAAGUGUAAACUGGAGAGAUUGAAGUGGUUUUCUGCUAAGUUGAGAGCAUUCUGGUUUGACAGCAAAUCAAAAGUAUUAUUCAUUUUAAGAAAUUGUUUCCUGCACUUGCUGAAGUGAGAAGAAUCUGCUGAAUUUUGCACUGUAAAUUCUGUAAAUGUCAGCCGAACACUUGAAUUAAUGUCUUAGUUUGUUUUGUUGUUUUAUUUUUAAAUUAUGGGAAAGUUUUACUUUAACCAAAAAAGAGAGGCUUUUCUUGUGUUAUGAAAUGGAUACAUAGUGCAAUAU